CAUAAAGUGGGGAUAACAAGAGCACCUUCUCAUAGGACUGCUGCAAUGAUUAAAUAAGUGAAUGAAUUCUGAGUGCUGAGAACGGGACAUGGCGAAAACCAAAUAAAUGGCCAUUUGCCCAUACAACACACGCAUACUCACAUGCACUCACGUAUUCACACAUGCACAUUCACACACAUACACUCCAUACACACAUACAUGCACUCACACACUCACACACAUACACUCACAUAUACUCACACUCACACAUAUACAUUCACACACAUAUACUCACACACUCACACAUGCCACACACACAUACACUCACACAUAUAUGCACUCACAAGCCUACCCACACUCACACACACACGUGUAUACACAUGCACAUAUGCAUGCCGGCAGGCAGUGGGAAGCAGGAAACACACACCACCUAGAGCUGGCGGCCUCCAUCUGGUCUCUGGGCCCUCGCUUUCCAGCAUGUGUCCUUAAGUGAACUACACAGGCCACCGAGCCUCGUCCUCCACUGGGAAAUGUGGAGAGUGACACUCCUGUGCCACAGGCCUGCUGGAAGGGCCAAGAUGUGUGCACCUUGGUGUGGAAGCUCUGAAGUGCUCUGUAACUUUGGACCAUUCAGCUAGGCUGACGCUGCAGUGACCUGUUAGUAUCAGCAGUGCUUGCCCCAGGUGAGCCAAUAGGGCAACUGGAACCCAGAGAGCAUGGGAGACUUAGCUUCUCCCUUUUGUGAACUGAGGGGCUGGUGCAUGUUAGUGUGGCCAGUCGCCCAUGAAAUACAGUGGAGCCCCAGAGCCCUCCAUCCAUCACUCAGAAAACAGAACCACCUCUUCUCACCUGCCUAAAUCCAAGUGCUUUGUUCCCUAACCCCCCACCCCAAUAUCUCUGUGAUUGCCCCCACUCUUCUGGAAUUGAGGGGUGGAGUGCUGGUGGCUUCAGUGCAAGGCUCUACCCUGCUCUCCAGGAGGGGCAUUUCAGCACUGGAUGAAGGGCUCCCUUCAACAUGGGACACCAGGAGAUGGAAGCCCACACAAUGUCCCUGCCAGGGAAGAGAGGAAGCACCAGAAGCCAGGAAGCAGCCCCAUGUGCAUCAGAAACAGCAACAGUGCAGCCCACCAUCUUUGACUGGGAGGGAGAGAGGAUGAAGCCACCCUCCAGCACAUAGCAGGGAUGUCAUCAGAGCCCAGAGAGAAACAGGGUGCCCAGCAGUGUAAUCAGUUAGGGGCAGAAAGGCAUCUGCUCAGCAGGCUGAUGCACUGCCCCUGGAAUGUUUCUAUUGGGGACUGCAAGGGUCAGUGCUGUGCUGGUUGUGGGAAGCCAUGGGAGCCAGCAAAUCCCUGUGAGGGAGCACCCAGAGACAGCAAGUCUAGAAAGGUGGGUCCAAGAUGAAAUUCACCCAGGACAAAUGGAAGGUCAGCACCAACUGCCAAGAAAGGGCGGGAGGAGAGCUGAGGCUGAGCAACAUCUCCUUAUCAGAGCAAAAGCCCAGGGGUUGAAUCAGCACUAGGUCCAAAGCAAUGAGCAAUGAGUGUGACCUGCAGCCACCUCUCAGCAACAGCAACCAGUGACCCGAGCAAGAGAAGAGGCGAGAACCGAGGGGCUGGUGGCAUGUUAGUGUCGGCAGUCACUGGGCUGCUCUAGGGAGGCUUAAUCAGAAGACCUCUGGGCUCUACCUGGAGUUCCAGGGACCAAUCCCGGAGGCUUCCUGCUCUCUUGCACCUUGCUGGUCACAGCUGCCUGUGCCAUGAAGAGAAGAAUCUACCUUGGAUCUCAGUCCCUAGGGAGAAGUCUCACUCCACAGCCAGGGAACCCUCAACAGGGCAGUGCUGUGGUAUAGAGCACCAGGCCCACUCUUCCUUCUUCUCUUGCCCCUUAGUGUUAAUCGGCGUGGGCACUGAGACCUUCCUCCGGGGACAGUUCAAAAGCCUGGCUUUCUAUCUGCUGAGGCCACGUGUGAGAAGACAGCCCUCUGGAAAGUGAAGGAGGACAGAGCCGCCAGCCUCCCUCACCUGUCUUCACCCGCAGGUUUACAGGAGCCGCUGUCUCCAUAUGUGAAGGGUCCUACUUUGUGGCUCAGCUGAUGGCCAUCUGCUUCCAGUGUCAACCAGGGUCCCUGGCAGACAGAGCAAGAGAGAAGGCCCACUGGCUGGGCUGCUUCCAGAAGUUCCUGGCCUACCUGCUGCUGUCGGUGGCCUGCUUCCUGCACCCGGUCCUGGUCUGGCACGUGACCAUCCCAGGCUCCAUGCUCAUCAUCACCGGCCUGGCCUACUUCCUUCUGAGCAAGAGGAAGAAGAAGAAAGCUGCCCCCGAGGUGCUGGCCUCCCCAGAGCAGUACACAGACCCCUCCAGCAGCGCCGUGAGCACCACCGGCUCUGGGGACACAGAGCAAACCUACACCUUCCAUGGAGCCCUCAAGGAGGGGCCCAGCUCCCUCUUCAUCCACAUGAAGAGCAUCCUGAAGGGGACCAAGAAGUCCAGUGCCCUCCAGCCUCCCAACACCCUGAUGGAGUUGAGCCUGGAGCCAGCUGACUCCCUGGCCAAGAAGAAGCAGGUGCACUUUGAAGACAACGUGGUCCGCAUCGUCCCCUCCCUCGCCGAAGGUCUGGAUGAUGAGGACAGUGAGCCAGAGGAGACCACCUCGGACACAACACCCAUCAUCCCCCCUCCCCAGGCCCCACUCUUCCUGUCAUCUCUUACAGCCACCGGCCUGUUCUGAGUGCUUGCUCCAGCCUGGAGGACACUCAGUGAGGGGUCUAUGUAGCUUGAUGGCCCCCUCUGGAGUUUCAGGGUCUUCUGAGGUCAGCUUCUCAAGGGUGACCAGACACCCCCAUGCUGGCUGAGCCCCUGCAGCCAUCAGGAGGUGUGACAGGCCAGCAUUUCUGCAGAAGUCUCAAGGGAGGCACGAACAAGGCUCACGCCACCUCAAGCCAGCAGAAGCUCCUUCUUCCUGGUCACAGGUGGGGAAACCCUUGUACUUCCCCAGUGAGACCAUCACUCCCACUGCACACAAGGCUGCAUAUGCUACUGCCUCAGCCCAGAAGGGACAGAGGAUGUCUGCCCAGAAAACACCUCUGGGCUUUCCUUACUCCUGACCCAGGGACCAGCACUCCGUUAGGAUCCUAUGGUCCGCCCAUCUCGGAAGGCCCAGGAAAGCAUCAGCAACUUAAGCGUCUCUAAGGCAGGAGAAGCUGGACAUGGGUCUUGACUAUUCAAGACUGCUCAGGGCCAGGAAGAGAGGCUGCAGGCCUCUGGUGGGAGCAGCCGGCCAUUGGCCACAUUCUCUGCAUGCUCUAGGGCUGGGGCUGAGCCACUCAGGGAAACAAUACCACUCUGUGCUCACUGUGGGAACGCCAGGCCAGAUGAGCAAAGCUCAUUCCAGAAGCAUGGCUGGGGGCUCCCUGCCUCCCCACCACAUGGCCUUUCCAAGAUUCCAAGGAGAUGAUGCAAACUGAAAGCCACUAAAAGCCUAUGGCAGUUUCCAGCAGUGAAUGCCAGGGCCCAGGAGGCAGUGCCCACUGUGUGCAGGACCACAGAGGCCACACAGCACAGAGAAGUGGCAUCUUUAAGUGCCUCAUAGCAGAAUAGGUGACAAAUAUAAACAUCUUCAAAAUGGAAGGUGGGGGGAGGAAGAGGAGGGAAAAGGGGAGGAUAGGGGGAAGGUGGGCAAGCAGGCAAGUUCUCUGCCAUGGAGCCACAGAAGUGACAGUUAACCCAGAAGAAACAAAGACAUUCGAAUCAAAUUUUCCUUUGUAAACUGUAAAGGAUUUACAGUAUAGAUUUUCCUUCUAAAAAUUGCCAUUGGGUCCAUGAGGUUGUUGCCAGGAAGAGCAGACACACCCUUCUUCACAGCAACUGCAGUGAAGGGACAGUCAGGAGGAAGAGUCCUGUGGCUUCCCAGUCCCCGUGGGGGCUGACGCCAGGCUCUAUAAAACGAGCCUUAGAGCUCACGCUACACAGUCUAAUGAGAAACCUGGGUUUCUGCUUGUACGCUUUUCAACGUUCCCUAUAAGUUAUUUUACAAAGGUAUGAAAAUCAUGGCCAACCAGAAGCUAGUAUCAGUUUGCUGCCUAAAUGCAGCAGGUGUUCCAGAUAAGCAGAUAAGCAGAGCACUUCCUGUGGUAGCCCAGGUCUCUCCAAUCAGACGACAAAUGGCUAAUCAAGACAUUCCUGCAAGCUCUCGAUGGCGAGAGCAGCAGAGCUGCUUCUACAGCUGCCAUCAAGGCAGGACCUCAGGAUCUGACCAUCCGCAGUCAGGGAAGAGUGAACAAUAUGGAACAUGAGUAUGGGUAGGCAGUAGGCAAGGAUGGGUGGCUGAUGGGCCAGGUGUCCCAGGCAGGCCCCUAUGCACAGAAAGAGUCUAAGUGGAUUGGAGCCAGGCGUCUUCCCCCUGUCAUGUGUGGAAGAAAAUGCGAUGGCCACAGACACCCUCCCGGCACAGGCAUGGCCACCCUUUAACCUCCCUGUGCAUCAGAGCUGCUCUUUCUUUAGAGCCCCAGCCAGCAGAGCUGGAUGGCCAGGUCGCAAGAAGCAAGCCAGUAACUGUGAUGUCAGAGCUGUCAGAUCCUGUUUAGUAAACACUUCUGCAAACCCAAAUGCAGAGUGUUGUUUUGGGUGUGUGUUAGAGGUGUGAUGUGUGUUGGGAGCACGGUUUGGGAGGUGUCUUAGAGCGUGCGCUGGGAGUUCCAGCGAUGAUGCCAUGGGAUUCUGAGGCACCUAGGCUUCCUGGAGAUUGUCAUCAGUGAAGGGAGAGUCUGCUGGUGUGCAGUGUUAGAGGACAGUUAUGAUCUUACCUAGGUUAGAAAAGUUCUCAAACACUCUUAUGGCUACCAAAAAGAAAAGAAAAGAAAAAACGAAAAGCUGGAGGGAGAUCAUUAAGUAGGCCAGAACUCUCACCCAUCAGUGGACC